AUGAACCCAAAGAAUGAUUCUCCCACCCCCUCUAGGAAUGGUAGCAAUGACGAGAAGGACAACGACAGUUCUACUUCUGCCUCCUCAGUGCACGACGUUGCCUCAACUGGUGAUGCUGAAACGGUUUUAAGUUCAAUGGCCUCUCGUGUUUUUCUCGAUGUUCUCUCUGCCCGUGUACUUGGGACCCAACUUGAUGGUAACUCACUUACAGCAGUGGAUGAGCUUGACAGUCAAGGUGAUAAUGAGAUGGGCGGAAAUGAUGAUGUACUCAGCCUAAUUUCAUCUUCUACAGAAGCCACAACAGCUUCAUUGGCUCCAUCGCUCUCUAUAUCAUCUAUUGCUCGGGCAGAGCAGAUACUACAUAAGAGUGUACCACUCGUUAAUGGUGGUCGACAUGUUGCACUAACAAAGGAAGAUGUAAAACGUAUUCGAGACGGUGAGUUGCUACGGUUCUUGGAGACAAACUCUGCCAUGUUUGUGAAGUACCUCCAACGACAGGGUGAGAGUGCCCCAGUAACAGAAACUAUUGAUACAAAUGUUACAGAUAAUGCUGAUGUUGAACAGGAAAUUCAAAACCUUGCGAAUAGGAUUGAGACGUUCAUAACGGCUUUUGAUGAUGAAGGACAACAGUACCAAAUUUGUGUGGAUAAUGAGGGGAAACUCCUUGUUCCAGUAGCGCCUGAAGAUGUAUUAGAUGAUACCGCAGAGAGUGAUGCUGCUGAAAUUUAUGAUCAUGACGAUAAAGUGAUGAUGGAGGAAUACGACGUUGAGGAGGAGGAGGAGAAGAAGAAGAAGGAGGGUCAAAAGGAAGAAACUAUUGUAGAUGAGCAUCCUGUGGAAUCUAGUGUUAAGCCUCCAAAUGCAGUGAUGAUGGAGAAAGGGAAAGAAAAGGAACAAGAAGAAGAAUCUGAGAAACCAAAAAAAGAAGAAAAGGGUGCUGUUGAAGUGUCUAUGGUUUCACACACCAAAAGAACGAUGGAACGUGAUACUCCACUAGGCCGUCGUCGCCUCGGACGUCCAACACACGUCAGCCCGUCCCCUACGGCGAUGGCUAAAGCUGUAUUAUUAUCAUCACCACCAUUAUCAUCAUUAUCACAACAACCACAAGAGGAUGGUAAACAGGGAAAGAAACAGAAGAAAAAAACAGGAAAAACAUCAAAGAAUACGAUGGCGGGACGGAAAGCUCCGCUGUCGACGGCUAAAGCACCACUAGUGCCGGUGCGUGGCGUGGGUCUCACUGCUGAACAGGACCGCCGAGUGGAAGAGUUGAUGCAGACGGACUUUAGUACGCAGCCAUCGCCGUACAUGGGUUUAGCGGAUCGUCUUGCAGAAGUGGAAGAGCGUAUUCGUUGGUUCCAAGAGAUACGUGGUCCACUUGGAAAUGAUGAUGAUGAUAAUGAUAAUGAUGACAUCUAUGGCUACGGUGGGGAAGAAGUGAAUGAAGAGAAUAAUUAUAAAGGAGAAGAUGGUAAGAAGGAAAUUGCUGAAGAUGCGACUGUGGCCAGCAACGAAAUUCACCACAGCAACGCACGAGAACAACAACAACAACAACAACAACAGCCAACGGCAAAGGAACUUGGUGACGCUUAUAUGCGUGAGGUGCGUGAGCGACGUUUACGUGAGGCACGCAUGCGGUCCAUCAACACACGACUGGCACAGUUGCAUUACGUGCAGCAACUCGAAUCGCUGCGGCCGGCCGAAGGCGCGGAGAAAAUCGCUCGAGUGCCGCGGCCAUCGUGGUCGCAUGAUGUGCCACCGCCGCCCCGUGCGAGUGAAAUUGACGCUCUCGUAGAAGAGGCACGUCGCGAGAAUGCACUGGCCGUCGCCCGGGGAGAAAAGAUGCCACCGUCUGUGGGUGAUGGAACCAUUUCAUAUCUACAGGAAAAAUUACGGGCAGCGCGAGAGCGAAUUGAGUCUCUUGUGGGACCAGCGAACGAUGGUAGUUCUUCUUCCCCAUCCUCUACUCUGCAUGUAUCAUAA